GAGACGAUUAUUGACUGAACUUGAGGAUUUGUUUGGGAGAGGAGAGGAGAGGACUCAGUUUAGUUUUCCAUUUGUGCAAAAAUUUGAAGAGAAGAGCAACGAGCAUGGCUUAUGUUCCACCCCAUAAACGACUUUCAAAGAAGGAUGAUGGUGAAGGUUCUUCACAGAGUCCCUUACCAAAGCCAGAGUUGCCUCCUCCUCUGUUCAACAAAAAUCUCAAACUCAAGUCUCCUGGAGGAACUAGUGCCCAACACCACACAGGUUAUGAAUAUGAGGAUAUUUUCAGAUGGUUCGCUGUUGGGUUGGAUGAUCAUAAUCUCUUGCCACCUUCUGUUCAUCUUCAUAAUGUUUCUGUGGAAUCCCUCGAUGGAAAAUUUGUAAAGCGUCGAGCUUUAUAUCAUGACCGUGAUCUAACCGAAGAUAGUAGCAGCACAGGAGUAACUGAGAGCUUUAUAAGGAGACCAUGGGAAUACAUUGCAGACACUGUGCUUCCAGACUUGGUUUCCUCUUUCGAAGAUUUAAGAAGAGAAAUAGAGUCUCAAAAGCUUGUGGGAAUUAAGCCAAUUAUAAUCACUAGAUUUGGCAAAGUUCUCUUUUCUGGGAGGCCUAGUUUGCUCUCUGAGGACGAACUAAGGCCGUUGAGAAGAUCAUUUAACACAAACAUUCCAGAUUCAUUUGUCAAUGACAUAGCAAAGGAAGGUGUCUCAAAGAAUGGCCUUGAAUUUGCAAAAGACAAAGAAGCAUAUAUUGUGUUUCUUUCUGAUUUCAAUCAAUCAGGAGAAGUUAUUUUUUGCGAUUGUAGGGUACUAAAAGAAGAUGCAAAACUUCAAAUAUACGAGAUUAAACGUUCUUAUGUGCGACACAUGCUCAGGGACAUAUCUUGCCUUGAAAAAGAUUUGGACAUGAGGCUGGAUCUAUGCACCAGAAGACCUGUUACUGCACUUACUGAUGAUGAACUGCAAAGCAUUAAAGAAUUGAUUGAUUCAGCUAUUUUAGAUAGAGAAGUUAAGGGUGGACUGAGAUGGCCCUUGGGGAACGCAGUUUCUGGAGAUAAAAUUCGUGUGACUGCAGUCUGGCAUGUAAUAAGUAAAAAAUACAAAAAUCCAUCACUAAAGCUGAAAAUAAAAAAUGUUGAUCGGUAUAAAUUUUUAUCAUCAACUGGGGAACCUACAAGGGAGGUUGUUAUAAUGCUAAAAGGAGUAGCUUCAGAAUUAAUGAAACAAAAGGUUGAUAUGAAUCUCAUUAGUGAGAUGUUGAAAGAUGACUUGAAGGCUAUAUGGAACAACUUUCUUUGCUGUGAACGCUUUCCAUGAUGAUGUUUGGCAAUGUAAACUCUGUAUUUAUGAACAGUGUUUUCAUUUGAACAAAGGGAAGAAAUCUUGCAGUUUUAUUUGAGAUAUUUUACUCCAAUUUCUUUCUUUUGAUCUCACCAGUGUACUACUUAUACGGUGAAUGUGUUCUUAUGUGUAAUACAUAUAAGUUGGAUAUAUAUGCUCAACUCUCUGUAACCUUCAGCUGGUUUCAGAUAAGUUGAUCUAAGUUUACUCUA